AUGGCUCCAAUUAAAUCCAAGAAAAGUGCUGUUAAGAAAUUCACUGUUGACUGUUCAGGUCCAUCGGACAAUGGUGUAUUUGACACCUCAUCUUAUGCCAAAUAUUUGAUUGACCACAUCAAACUCGACGGCAGAGUCGGUAAUUUAGGCGAUGAUGUUAUUGUUGAAACCAAGGGUGCCACUGUUAUUGUUGCUUCCAAGGCUAAAUUCUCUGGUAAAUACUUGAAAUACUUAACCAAAAGAUACUUGAAGAAAAACCAAAUCAGAGACUGGAUCAGAUUUGUUUCCAUCAAACAAAACCAGUACGAGUUGAAAUUCUACUCCACCGCUGUUGAAGAUGAAGACGACGAAUAAACAACACGAGCCAACCAAUGAAACGGUUACUCACUAAACAAAUAUAUAGCUGUCAAUGUAACGACCACUCUAAAAGCCUUGACUGUGUGUCUUCGCGCUCC